AAAAGAAUGAUCCAAAGUUGAAUACAUAUCAGUCUCAAUCAGAAAAAAAAAUAAGAAUAAAAAAUCUACCACUACUAUAAAAAUGGCUGAAGCAACAUAGUUUGGUUUCACCAACUUCACAAUGUACUCCCAAAACUUAGCUCUCCAAAAGAUCCUUCCCUACUGUCUCAUCCUCUCCUUAAUUCUUCAACACUGUGGCGCCGAUUUACUCCCUUUGCCGCCAUUGCCAUUAAUCCCAGUUUUGCCGCCAUUAAUCCCAGAUUUGCUCAAUUUCUUGGAUGAUAGAAUCGUUCAGCUUCUACCGGUGAUCCUAAACUUCAAGAACACUAUCCUGUCCGAUCCACUGGGGAUAACGUUAUCCUGGGCUGGCCCUAAUGUCUGCAAAUACAAAGGCUUCUACUGCGAUCACCCGCCGGAUAACAAGAGCGCCACCGCUCUCGCCUCCAUAGAUUUCAACGGCUUUCAGCUCAGCGCUCCGUCGUUGGACGGCUUCCUCGAUCAGCUCCCUGACUUGGCGAUUUUUCACGCCAAUAGUAACAAUUUUUCCGGCACGAUUUCUCCCAAAAUCGCUAAUCUUCCGUUUCUCUACGAGCUUGAUUUGAGUAACAACAGAUUUUCCGGCGCGUUUCCGGCGUCGAUUCUCAACGUGAUGGAUCUGUCCUUCCUGGAUAUCCGGUUCAAUUCGCUCUCCGGCGCCGUCCCGCCGCAGAUUUUCGGGAAACGCCUCGACGCGCUGUUCCUUAAUAACAAUAAUUUCAUGCAGGCGCUCCCCGACAACCUCGGAUCCACCACGGCGGCGUUUUUAACGCUGGCGAAUAACCGGUUCACCGGUCCGAUUCCGAGUAGCGUCGGAAACGCGUCGGCGACGUUGCUGGAAGUCCUUUUCUUGAACAACAAGUUAACCGGGUGUAUUCCGGUCGAGCUCGGCCUGCUAAGAAGAGCUACGGUUAUCGACGUCGGCGGCAACGCUCUAACCGGCCCGCUGCCGUGUUCUUUAGGGUACUUAGAUAUGGCGGAGCAGCUCAACUUCGCCGGGAAUCUGCUCUACGGGUCCGUGCCGGAGCCGCUAUGCGGGCUAGGAAACUUGCAGAAUCUUUCGCUGUCGUAUAAUUACUUCACGAAAGUCGGGGCGGCGUGUCGGAAGCUGAUCACGGCCGGGAUUCUUGACGUGAAGCAAAACUGCAUUCCCGGGCUUCCCAACCAGAGAUCGGCGGCGGAUUGCGCCGCGUUUUCUCGGACACAGCAGCAGUGUCCUAACCGUGCGAGCUAUAACCGCAUUCCUUGCAAAAAUCCUAAAUUUUCUCAAACGGUUCCAGAAUCUAACAAGCCAAGAUCUGAAAGGCAUUUGAUUACAUAUUCUGCUUUGCUUAGACAUGGGUUAUGAUAUCAAAGUUCUAUCAUCUAUGUAUCAUAUCUCAAACAUAAUAUGAUUAUAUUAUACACCAGAAAAAAAAAAAAAAAAAAAAAAAAAAAAAAAAAAAAAAAAACCUCUAGCCUUGUAUGCUGUGUUCUUAGUGUUUUAAUUUUUUAUUAUGGAAAUUAAUGGCAGGUGAUUAGUCCAUACCUAAUCUUGAAUCUGUAGAUUAAUGAUUAGGCAUUUGAAGUUGCUGAGUUGUGGCCGAAGACAUACUUUUCGCCCACAUCUUUGCAUGCGUUGAACUGUGAAAAUGGUGGAGCGUGGGCCAACCUGCAAUUGAUUUUUGUGUUGAGCUGCGUUUUUCAAUAGAAUGGUUGGAAAUUGGUAUAGUUAUCCACUGACUUAGAAAUAUGUAUGUACGGUUAGCUUAAUUGGUUUUUAGAUGACCGUGGCAAAUUAAAUCUUAUCAAUUGCAGUA